GAGCGGGGUCCGAGACGGUACGUCACUCCGAGUCGCGAAUUCGCAAGUCCAACUGAUAACGGCUAUUUGCCGUUUCUCUACCUUCUCACCUGAGGUAGUAUCGUGCCGGCGAAGCAAUGCUAGGCACACAUGUUUGCUAGUAUUUACGGAAGUCAAAAGUCUUAUGGAAGCAAUGGACGGGCCAAAGAAGAAGUUGGAGACUCUCCUGGACGAGUUGUCUCGAGUGAACAGUCUCCCCACGCUCAAAGCGGCGGCUCACGAUGUCGACCGGAUCAUCGACCUGCUCAGCGAAGCCCGCGAGCAGAUCGCUGGGACCAUGGACUCUCAUACCGCGAGCUUGACAAUGACAAAGCUCCAGAAUCCGAUCAAGACGGCCUUUGACAAGGUAAACGACAGUCUCAAGGCGGCAUCAUCGGCGCACAAGAAGGUGGGGAGGUCAUUGGACAAGCACUUCCCUCUCAAACCGCUUCCCACAGACGACGACGUCAUGGAGCAGCAUCUUCCGCUAAUCAACCGCGCUAUCGCUAUGCACUUGUUACGGGAAGGCCAGUUCGGCGUGGCCUCGACGUUCAUCAAUGAGAUUCAGGCAAAGCAACUAAGCACCUCGUCAUCUGACCCUGACGAGGCUAUGGAUGAAGAUGAAUACGAAGACGAGGAAGAGGAACAGGAGGCAGAUGACACAGGCUCACCCGCAGAUAGCAAGCACAGCAGCCUUGCAUCGCUACACUCGGAAGAGCUGCAAGAGAAGUUCGCCGAGAUGUACAGGAUUCUCCAGCAAAUACGAGCCCACAACCUCCUCCCGGCGAUCGAAUGGGCGCGGGCGAACUCCUCCGAGCUGGAAGCCCGUGGCAGCAAUCUAGAAUUCGAACUCAGCAGACUCCAAUACAUCUGGCUCUUCAAAGGUCCCGCGGUUAAUGGCCUGCCCGACGACGAACGCAACGGCCAGUUGGGGGCGCUUGCCUACGCCCGAGAGCACUUCAACCGCUUCCAGGCACGACAUCUGCGUGAAAUCCAGCAGCUCGUCAGCGCCAUGGUCUUCGCACCCAACCUCGCCGACUCGCCGUACAGCUCGACCUUCUACACUGAAAACGCCUUCGACGACGUCGCCUCUUCCUUCACCCGCGAAUUCUGCAGCCUGCUCGGCCUCUCGGCCGAGUCCCCGCUCUACCUCGCCGUCACCGCUGGCGCGCUCGCCCUCCCGCAGCUCAUGAAAUACACCCAGGCCACCCGUAGCAAGGGGACGGAGUGGACGACGACUAACGAGAUGCCGUUCGAGACGCCACUGCCGAACAGCAUGCUCUUCCACAGCAUCUUUGUCUGCCCCGUCUCCAAGGAGCAGACGACCGAGGACAACCCGCCCAUGGUGAUCCCCUGCGGGCACAUGCUCGCCAAGGAGACGCUUCAGAAGCUGUGCAAGGGGAACCGCUUCAAAUGCCCGUAUUGCCCGAGCGAGGGCGUGCUGAAGGACGCGCGGCGGGUCAUUUUGUAGGGCGUGGAUCCGACGUCGGGUGCUGGGGAGCCGUUGAAAGCGAAGUUUGUCCGGGCACGGAGCAGUCUCCCUACUAUAUCCGCUUUCGAAGAGACAAGGCUCGAGGCAGCCCGAGAAGCAUAUCGGACGACUGUCAGGAUCAUUGAAGCUAUUGCGGCUUUGCAGAAUAUCUUUGGGCCUGCUCGGAACAGUACCACUGCUAGUUGGGCUGAUGAUCCGCGGCGCUGAACACGACGCUGGCCUACCCGCCAUAAUAGGGGACCACGGUGCGGAACGGCCAGGAGGGAGGGGGAAAGGGGGGCGCCAAGGAGUUGGCACCAUUC